AUGGCUCAGUCCAGAGGAAAGGUUUUUACCUUGUCUAGGACAGAGACUACUAGUGCUUACAGAUUGAUUCGAGGUGCGACACAUUUUUUUAUUUCGCUUGAUUAUGCUAACAGAUUGGAUUUAAAGUUAUCUUUUAUGGUUGGAAGUGUGGUUAUUGAUACCCCAGACAAUGGUUCACUAACUACUUCAUUGUUAAGUCAGCUUGAUGUCAUCCUUGGAAUGAGCUGGUUGAAGUUCAAAUGUGUCCAUAUCAAUUGUUUUGCCAAGACUAUGAUGUUUCCAAAGAUGGAAGGAUAUGGUGAGGUGAUGCUUAUAUUUGUUAAGAAAGUAGAAGAAUUAUUGAAAGAGGAGGUGCGUGUGUUUGUUAUGUUUGCUGCUUUGGGAAUUGACAGUAAAGCUGUGAUAGGAGAGUUUCCAAUCAUGUGCGAUUUUUCUAAAGUGUUUCCUGACGAUAUCAAUGAUUUAUGUCUAGAUCUUGAGAUGGAGUUUGCUAUAGACUUAGUACUUGGUACUAAUCCGGUGUCGAUGGCUCCUUAUAGAAUGUCUGCUUCAGAGUUGAGUGAGUUGAAGAAGAAAUUAGAAGAACUGCUUGAGAAAAAGUUUGUACGACCGAGUGUUUCGCCGCGGGGAGCGCAAGUGCUAUUAGUUAAGAAGAAAUAUAGUAGCAUGGGGUUGUGUGUUGAUUAUUGA